GAUUGGUUAAAAGUUAUGUCAGCAACAAUCCUGGGCUGUGAUUGGAUACUAAGGAAACCGCCUACGAGAGUUUUCUUUCCGGGUCUUCGCCAUGGCGUGCUGCUGAACAACAUGUGAAUUGGGCUCAACUCUCGAACAUUUAAUUCUUAAUACAGUAUCAAACAUGGCAUCAAUGGAGGAGGACUUCCCCAGAGGAGGAUCAGUAAAGAAGAGCUCUGAGAGCAAAAUAAAAGUACAACGGACCCCAGUCGACAACCUGUUCCAGUCAAAUGAAGAGACGGGAACAAAGAAAAGAAAGGGAUUGGUCAAAGAUGGUGUCAAGAAAACCAAGAAACAGAAGAUGGAGAAUGGAAAUGAACCUUUGACACUCAAUGCUGAGGCCAAGUGUGUAGAAAUUCUGCACAUUAAGAAUUUGAAGGAGGGAAUGCUGAUGCUAGGCUGUGUGAAAGAGGUGUCAGACUUUGAGGUGAGCAUCAGUCUGCCCUGUAGUCUUCAAGGCUUCCUCAGCAUCAAGAACAUCAGUGACUCGUACACCAAGCUGCUGAGUGAACAGCUGGAUUCAGAAGACACAGAGGAGAUCUUUUCUUUGCCUCACCUCUUCCACCCUGGUAUGGUGCUGAGAUGUGUGAUCGCUAAGCUGGACACAGCCAAAGGUGGAACUAUCAGCAUUCAGCUGUCAAUUAAUCCAAAACUGGUCAACAAAGCUCUCGGCUCCAAAUCUCUGAAAGCUGGCAUGGUCUUGAGUGGAUGUGUGGAGAGUGUGGAGGAUCACGGCUGCAUUGUUGACAUUGGUAUCAGUGAAUCUAAAGCCUUUCUGUCCAUGAAAGAAAUAAAAGAGAAAUACAGCAGUUUGGAAGACCUCAAAGUGGGUCAGUAUCUGCUUUGCAAAGUGGAAGAAGUGAAGAACGAAGGGCGAGUGGUCAAACUUUCUGCACCUCCCUCUGUGGCCAAAAGCUGUGUUGAAUCCAGUCAGGGCUGGAACCUCACUAACCUGCUGCCUGGUCUUCUGGUCAAAGCUUCCAUCAAAAAGGUGACGAAACAUGGACUGAUCCUGGAUUUUCUGUCUUCCUUCACCGGCCAAGUGGACUUCCUUCACCUAGAACCCAGCCAGAUGGAAAGCUACAAGGAGGGAACAGAGGUGCGAGCUUGUGUUCUCUACCUGGAGCCACUCACACGUCUGGUUGGUUUGAGUCUGCGAAGCUACCUCCUUCAGCCCGAGCAGAAGGUGGCACCAGUGCCUGCUGGUGGUGAACGCAUUGGUGAGGUGGUGAAGGACUGUAAGAUGAUCGCCAUGCACCACAUGUCUGGAGCGCUGCUGGAACUGCCGGGCAAAAUCCCUGCGUUUGUGCAUAGGAACCAUCUGAAAGAGUUGCAUGAACCAGCCAACGAGAACAAAUUGCAGGCAAUGUCUGAGCACACCUGCAGGAUCCUGGACUUCAGUCUCAUGGACCAGAUCCACUUUGUGAGUCUGCGCAAGAGUAUCAUUGAAAAACCUUUUUUCAGAUAUCAUGACAUCAAGGCUGGUCAAGUUGUAGAGGGUAAGGUGUCGGUCCUGUUGAAUCACGGGAUGGUGGUGCAUCUCACUGACCACAUCAGCGGUCUAGUUCCUCGAAACCAUCUCUCUGACAUCGUCCUCAAAAACCCAGAAAAGAAGUACAUGGAGGGCAUGAAAGUCAAAUGUCGGGUGUUGUCUGUAGACGCCGAGAAUAAAAAGUUGUCCCUGACCAGAAAGAAGGCGCUGAUUGAAAGCUCCCUGCCGUUGUUCCUCAGCUAUGACGACGCACGUCCUGGACGCAUCUCCCACGGUUACAUUGUGUGCAUCAAAGAUUUUGGUUGUAUCGUUCGUUUCUACAACAACGUCAAAGGCCUGGUGCCGCUCAAAGAGCUGAGCUCUCAGCCCGUCAUCAGUCCUGAGAGUGUCUUCUAUGUGGGUCAGGUUUUGAAGACAAAAGUUCUAAAGUGUGACCCGGAGAAGAUGAAGAUGAUGCUGUCCUUCAAAGCUGCAGUAGAGGGCGUCACCGAGGCGAAUGUCAAACCUCCUGUUGAGUGUGAGGUGGGAAAACGGCUGGAGGCCAAGGUGACCAAAAAGUUGAUCACCGGACUGGAGGUGGCAAUUCUGCCUGAUGAGUCAACCGCCAUUUUAUCCACCAUGCACCUCUCUGACCACCCAUCCAACUGCCCUCUGCUUUGGGAGAGUCUGCAGGAAGGGGACAGUGUCUCCAACCUCAUCUGUUUCAACAACAGGCACCAGCACAUUUAUCUCACCAAAAAGCCGACUGUGACAUGGAGCUUGGAGGAGGGAGUGGUUGCCAAGGACUUCUCAGAAAUCACAGUAGGGAUGCAGCUGAUUGGCUGGGUCAAGAACAUUAUGUCCUAUGGCGUUUUCGUGGAGUUUCCUUACGGCCUGGUUGGUCUCGCUCCAAAGUCGGCCAUGAGUGACAAGUUCAUCAGCGACACCUCAGUCACCUUCCAGCUGGGCCAGACCGUCUUUGCCAAAGUGACCAACCUGGAUGAGGAGAAGCGACGGUUCUUGGUCACGCUGAAGAUUUCUGAAGUUCUUCCUCCAGAGAGCAACACCCAGACCAGACUCAUCAAUGGAGUCCAGGAGGGAAGAGCUGUAGCUGAAAUGUUGGCCACGAGAGGUAACAGUGAACUUCGGCAGCAGCUGGCGGACCUGAGUGUGGGUCAGAAGCUGAAGCUGACUGUGGACACUGUGGAUGUCAGCGGGGCAACGUUCAAGUCCGAUUCCAUCGGUGCCACCCUAUUGGCCAACAGCACCCACAUGACAGGUGUGAACCUGACCCCGGGACAAAAGGUUAGUGCAGUCGUCCUUCAUGUGGACAUUCUGGCUACAACCGUCCAUGUGUCCGUCCAGCCCAAACUGGUGUCUAAGAAGAAAAUGUUGAAUGAAGGAUCAAAAUAUUCAGCGACGGUGCAGCACAUCAACAAAGACUUUGCCGUGAUCUCACUGGACGACACAGCACAGCUGACUGUGAUCCAGACCAGCAGACACCUGAAUGAAGUCUUCACCUCAGAGAGCCAGAAGCUCAAGGUGGGAACGCUUUUGGACGUGGAGGUCAUAGAAUCCAGCUGUCAGGAACUACAAGGGCUCCCUCUAGUUGCGUGGAAAAGCACCGCACCAAAAAGGGAGCGCACUACCUCUGAAAACCAGUCCAGAACCAAGGGUCACCUCUUUGGAGACAUUGUGCAGUGCACUGUGAAGACGGUGAAACCGACGUACAUUCAAGUCACACUGAAGGACGGCGGCACGGGAAACGUGCACGUGUCGGAGGUGAUGGAAACGGUGUGUUCUGGAACAUUCCCCACGUCGACGGUGAAGGCAGGCGAUGUACUCACUGCCAAGGUCAUCGGAGGACGAGAGGCCACCAAUAACAGAUUCCUGCCUUUUUCCCAUCCGAAAUUUACCUACACCAUUCCAGAGCUCACCCUCAUAUCCAGUAAGUUGAAAGCAGGCAGUGACUUUAAAAGAGUUACAACAAAGGAGAGACUGAAUAGCUACAAGGUCGGGGACGAAAUCACAUGCUUUGUAUCAAAGUUCAAUUCUGAGAAGAAGUCUUUGGAAGUCACCACUGACCCCUGUUUGACCGGAACUGUUGAAUUUCUUGCCAUGAUUACUGACCCUAAAUCUGCCAAACAUCCAGAGAGACUGUACAAACUGGGCCAAGCCGUCCGGGCCACGGUGGUGGAAACUUGCUCCAAACCUUAUCGCUUUGUGCUGUCACUGACAGGUGUCCAUAAACUGGAGGAAGGCACGGUCACUUUGGGCAUGGUGACCAACAUUCUGCCACAGGUUGGCCUCAUGAUCAAGCUUCCAUUCGGAGACAUGGGGACUGUAGCUGUCACUGACCUGGCUGACGCCUACAAACCAAAACCACUCAACGGAUACAGCAAGGAUCAGCUGAUCAGGUGUUUCCUUCUGAAGAAAGAAAAAGGGAAGUGGAAUUUGUCUCUACGCCCUUCAAGACUGGACCCUCAGCAGACCAGGGCAGUGAAGGAUUCCGAGGUUUUGUCAUUGGAUGACCUGAAGGCUGGUCAGCUCAUCAGAGGCUACGUCAAGUCUGUGGGUGAACAGGGCGUCUUCAUCAGGUUGUCACAUAACAUAACAGGACGAGCUCAGCUACAGCAGUCCACCAAGUACUUUGUGAAUGACGACAAGGUCCUGGCCAAGCACCUGCCUCCCAACACUCUGCUCACCACGAACAUCGUCAGUAUUGACACAGAGGAGGAGUUUGUCAACCUCUCCCUGCUCCCUGAGGACACUGGGAAGGCGGACGUCCUCCCAGAAUCCCUUGGUUUGCCACUUCGACUGGUUGGAGAGGAAAAGAAGAAACACGACACUGAGAAGGAGAAGAAGAAGAAGAAGAAACGCACACUAUCUGAGAGUCAGCAGGAACAAAAUGAGUCUCUGGUUCCAAAGAAAAAGACCAAGAAAUCUAAGGCUGAAGACAGUGACAGUGGGGUUGAGGUUUACUUCAGAGAGCAGGAGGAGGAUAACCAGGCUGAAGACUCUACAAAGGAAACACCCAGCGCUGCAGGUCCAUCUAGACUGAAGGUGACAUCAGGUUUCUCGUGGGACGUGGGACUUAGUUCUCUUGAACCAGCUCAUGCAGCUCAGGAUGAAGACUCGAGUGAAGGAGAAGACCAAGAAGGAAGCAGCAAGCCACAGAAGAAGACUCGUCAUGAGCUGGAGCAGGAGAAAAAAGCAGCAGAGAAGGCACUGGUGCAGCGAGAAGCGCAACUCAUGGAUCCGAACCUUCGCCCAGAAGACGUAGCCUCCUUUGAGCGCCUCAUCCUGGCCUCUCCCAACAGUUCUCUGCUUUGGCUGCAGUACAUGGCUCAUCAUCUGCAGGCCACGCAGAUCGAACAGUCCCGAGCUGUGGCCGAGAGGGCUCUGAAAACCAUUUCCUUCAGAGAAGCCAAGGAGAAGCUGAACGUGUGGGUGGCUCUGUUAAACCUGGAGAACAUGUAUGGAACUGCGGAGACGCUGAAGAAUGUGUUUGACCGAGCGCUGCAGUUCUGUGAGCCCAUGCCCGUCUACCAGCAGCUGGCUGACAUCUACGCCAAGUCCGACAAAAUAAAAGAGGCGGACAGUUUGUAUAAGACCAUGGUCAAGCGUUUCCGUCAGAACAAGGCGGUGUGGCUCAGCUACGGCUCCUUCCUGCUGCAGCAGGGCCACAGCGAUGCCGCCACCACUCUCCUGGAGAGGGCGCUGUCGAGUUUACCCUCCAAAGAAAGCGUUGACGUCAUCGCUAAAUUUGCUCAGCUAGAGUUCCGUUACGGUGACAUGGAGAAAGGUCGUGCCAUGUUUGACAAAGUUCUUACCAGCUAUCCCAAACGCACAGAUCUGUGGUCCGUAUUCAUCGACCUGAUGGUCAAGCAUGGAUCUCAAGGUAUGGUUCCUUACCCGUCGCUCUUUGAUCGUGUCAUCCACCUGAGCCUGUCGGUGAAGAAGAUCAAGUUCUUCUUCAAACGUUACCUGGAGUACGAAAAGAAGCACGGCACCGAGCAGAGCGUCCAGGCCGUUAAAGAGAAGGCCAUGGAGUUUGUGGAGGCUAAAGGUCACGAGGGUGAAAACUGAGGCCAGGAAUCACAGACGAGGAAGAGUUAGCGCUGAUGCCAUCAGAACAUCACGUGUGUGUGUGCAUACCAGCUCUAGCCAUUUUGGUGCCCUGGGCUAGAUUAUGGUCUGGCGCCCCCUAUAUGGCCAAGGUUUUUUUUUUUUCCUUUAAGGGGUUACAGCAUUGCCCAUUCAGCAGAUGGCGCCCCAGGUCACUGCCUAUAUGGCCUAUGCCAAGCCCUGGCUCUGUGUGUGUUACCUUGAACAAAUGUUUCUAUGUAAAUGAGAAUUAGCUAAAGAAAAAAAA